UGAAAACGAGAGAGGUAAACAUUGAAUCCGGUAAAUAAUGUUCUAAAAACGAACCUCAAAAAGAAAUUUCCUUUCUUCUUCUUCUGUCAACUCGGUCUCAUGGCUCACCCUCGACUCACUAACUCGCUCUCUUCUUCAUCCCUUCGCAAUCUCAAUCCCAAACCCAGACUCAUUCCUCUCUGCACUUGCUCAUGCCGUCCCUUCUCUUCGCAAUCCCUAAUUCUCCAUUCUCACCCUCUUUUCCUCGCCAGACCCAAACCACUCCUCCGGUUCGCCCGCCGAACCGGACCGCCUCUCGUCCUCGCCGCUGUCGGCCAGGCCGAACCGGAACUUCCUCAAACCAGCACCCCCACGGUCAUUCCCGAAGAUGAAGAGGAUUUGCCCUCAAAAUCUCAACUGCAAGGUAGUCAGCUUAGGAACCGGGUUGUUUUUGGACUUGGCAUUGGGAUUAGUGUAGGAGGCAUUGUUUUGACUGGUGGAUGGGUCUUUGUGGUUGCCCUGGCUGCUGCUGUCUUUACUGGUGCACGAGAAUAUUUUGAAUUGGUUCGGAGUCGUGGAAUUACUGCAGGAAUGACACCACCUCCACGCUAUGUGUCACGAGUCUGCUCUGUCAUUUGUGCCUUGAUGCCAUUGUUUGUCAUGUAUCGUGGUCAUAUUGAUGUUUCUGUGACUUCUGCUGCUUUUGUUUUGGCCACAGCAUUACUCUUACAAAGAGGAAGUCCCCGUUUUGCACAGCUAAGUAGUGCCAUAUUUGGGUUAUUUUAUUGUGGAUAUCUUCCCUCUUUCUGGGUUAAACUUCGAUGUAGUUUAGCAGCUCCAGCCUUGAAUACAAAAAUAGGAGCAACAUGGCCUAUACUCCUUGGUGGCCAAGCUCAUUGGACAGUUGGUCUUGUGGUAACUUUGAUUACCAUAAGCAGCGUAAUUGCAGCUGAUACAUUUGCAUUUCUUGGUGGCAAGGCAUUUGGUAGAACACCACUUACCAGCGUAAGUCCAAAGAAGACAUGGGAGGGUACUAUUAUAGGCUUUUGUGGGUGUAUAAUUACUUCUGUUGUACUGUCAAAAAUUUUCAGCUGGCCAAUACCUUUAUCAAGUGCAAUAGGUCUUGGUGUUCUAAAUUUCCUUGGGUCUGUUUUUGGUGAUCUCACUGAAUCAAUGAUUAAACGAGAUGCGGGAGUGAAAGACUCUGGCACACUAAUACCAGGCCAUGGCGGAGUACUAGACAGAGCAGACAGUUAUUUGUUCACGGGUGCUCUAGCAUACAACUUUGUCAAAACCUUUUUACCAGUGUAUGGAGUAUGACAUGAAACAGUGGUGGUAUCUGCAUGGCAUGUUCACUGACAACAUUGGCGCAUAUCCGACAACUAAUUGAAUUUAAAUAUUCAUGGAAACUCCUGGACAUUUUUCCUGGGAUCUAGUGAGAAUUUACAUAAAUUUGGAUAAGCUUCUUGGUGGAAAAGAAAUUUUUUCUGAUGAUCAUCAGAAAAGGAGCAGCAGGAAUUUUCUUAUCAUCCCAGGCCAACUUGACCACAGUUCACAGCUGCUGCUUUUUCGAAUAUGCAUGAGAUCAGUAGGUCACAGAUACGAGGACUAAGUAGGGGUAGUAUUUGUUGUAUUUUAACUUGUAAAUAGCACAAUUGGCUUUGAAAGAAAAAGAACGGUUGCAGAGUCGCUCCAAUUACUUCGAUGUCUUGCUAACUUAUAGUCUUAUGUUCUAAGGAAACUACUGCAGAACGAUCAUUGAGAAAUGUGGUGCUAGUGAAAAUAAAUUGUGUUAUAAACUUAUAAUUGAUACUAGUC